ACGUCUACUACUAGCGGUGGACCGACCUCUUGUCUCUCUCCAUCAAGUCCCAGCGCUGCCACUACUACUAAUACCGCUACAAGGCGCCUAUUUUCUAUUUUCCUCCCCUCCAUAUUCGUCUCUCUUCUAUCAUCGUCAACUAUUUAUCAUUACCAUCAUCAUUACCAUUACCAUUACCACCACCACUACAACUAUCACUACUUCUCCUGCACUCUACCAGGAGAUACAAGGCAUCCAAAAUACCUCUCAGCUUGCCCACUGUCAUCCCGGUGUAAAUGCCACGGCCAUCCACUGCAGUAGAUUUCUCGAAUCUGCUGAACCCGCAGGUUGACGACUCAAAGAAGCGGCCUGCUUCUGCUACAACUCUGACUUCCUCCCCUUCUUCAACGACGAUGACAACAACAACAACAACAACAACCUCUCCCUCCACUCCUACCACUACCACUCCAGCCAUGGCCUCUUCCACAGUCAGCCUGUUACCGCCGUUGGCAAAAGGUGGCCGUGCAAGCGGUGAAGAACCACGACAAAGCCUCCCUCGCCCGUACAAGUGUCCUCUUUGUGACCGUGCUUUCCACCGCCUGGAACACCAGACACGCCACAUCCGCACCCAUACCGGAGAGAAGCCACAUGCCUGCCAGCAUCCAGGCUGUUCCAAGCGGUUUAGCCGGUCAGACGAACUCACCCGCCAUUCUCGCAUCCACAACAAUCCAAAUUCGAGGAGAAGCCACAAGGCUGCCCACCACCAACAACAGCAGCAGCAGCAGCAACAACAGCAACAACAGCAACACAUUGCUCCCACCACCACAAGAGCGGAUAGACCACACACCACCGCAAACUCCCCGUCGAGGGAUAUGAUGCCUCCCCCUGGUAAACCCAUGACCAGGUCAGCACCUGUCUCGCAGGUGGGCUCGCCAAAUGUGUCUCCGCCGCAUUCGUACACCAACUACGCUUCGCACAUGCCAUCCAGCCUAGGUCCCUACAGCAGAGGUGUAUCCGAGAGACCGUCGACCACUAUGGAUAUCAACAUGCUAGCCACCGCAGCAUCACAGGUAGAACGCGAUGACCACUCAUCAGGAUACCACCUCUCUCCACACCAGGUCCGCAGCAGCCUGUACAACACUACCAGCCAAAGACCACAUCACUACCACCACCACCAUAACACCAGCGGCCGCCUACCUUCUCUCUCCGCCUACGCACUCUCCCACUCCAUGGCCCGCUCUCACUCCCACGACGACGAAGACUACAGCCACCGCGUCAAACGCUCCCGCCCUUCCUCUCCAAAUUCCACCGCUCCUUCGUCCCCCACCUUAUCCCAUGACUCGCUCUCCCCAACCCCAGACCACACUCCGCUAGCAACCCCUGCCCACUCACCCCGUCUCCGACCAUUCGGGAGCAGCGACCUCCAACUCCCCUCCAUCCGCCAUCUAUCUCUCCAUCACACCCCAGCUCUAGCACCUAUGGAGCCACAGACCGACGGCAUGAACCAUAUGAACAAUCACUACGUUUCCCCUCAGCAUAUAGGACCCAGCAUCAGUGACAUCAUAUCCCGCACAGAUGGAACGCAGCGCAAGCUCCCGGUCCCUCAGAUCCCCAAGGUUGCUGUGCAUGAUAUGCUAAAUCCUGGAAGUGGGUUUUCCUCGGGCAAUUCAUCGGUCACGGGAUCGAUAGCCGGUGGUGAUUUGGCGGAGCGUUAUUAAACCCACCCGCCAAAAAAUGAAAAUAAAAAUAAAAAUAUAAAAAAUAAAAAAUAAAAAGAACAGAAAAACAGAAAAACAAAAAGAAAAAGAAAACAAAAAGAAACAAAAAGAACAAAAAAGACA